AUGCCGGACUUCGGCGUGGUAGGGGCCACAACCUUCAGCAAUCCUAUGCCUCCUGCUCCCAGUACCUUUGACCUUACUGCUGAUGACGACGAAGAUGAUGAUAUUGCACUCACGCAGAAGGACCCAAAAGACGAUCUGGCAGGAGCUAAAGCCGGGGAUGAAGAUGAGCUUCAAGACGAAGGUGAUCUUGACAUCAUCAUUGGAGGCUGGACCGAUGCCAAAAAGGCAGACGCGCAGCAAGAAGUCGCCAACAUGUUUUCAGCCAUAGGAUUUCCCGACAGUUAUGAUGACCUCUGGGCCCCCUACAGUCGGACGAACUUCAUCAAAGUCCAGCUUGUUUUCAAGGACCCCCAAGCACAUAUCAAAUUCAGAAGAGUGCAGCAGCUCCAGAUCCUUGACAAGCUCAAAACCAAACGCUUCACUAGUGGAGUGCCUGGCUCAGAAGGUAACAAAAUUUGGGCUACAAAGAGCAAAACCAAAGAAGAGCGUGAGCGUGUGCGAGCCCUUGUCCUGACCAAAGAGUUUUUGAAGCAUCUGCCGGGACACAACAACAAGCCGCCCAUCCCCGAACGGGACAUUGAGAUCAUGUGGAACGGUAGACUUUUCGUUCACCAGUACCAACUUCUUGGCUCCAUGGACAGAGAUGGUGAACCAGUUGUAAACGACUUCAUUAUCAGCGAUGCCAGAGGCAACCACAUACCGUGGUAUGUCCGCGCUUCACAGUUUGAGAGCCUUACCGGUAAAGAGAUCGUCCGCCUGCGGGCAGUUGCUAAGAACCUGUGGCUUACUGAGAUCCUCGAUAAGGCUGCCAAUGGCGACUUUAAGGUCCCGAUGGAUGCCAUGCUCUUGUGGACUUUUGCUGCAAUCACAUGUGUCCCGGUGCUUUAUGCGCUGAGCAAACAUGUGAGACGAGUGGUGCAGCGACUGCGCGAGUGGUACAAACAACCACCGGCCUGGCAGAUCACUGUAGAGCUUAUGCAGCAAGAAAGUUUUGACCGAAUGUGCAAUGAGCUUGAGAAGCGGCUCCACCUGCACUCCCAAUCCAACAAGGAGCACCUUGUGGACAAUCUGGCUGUGCUUCAUCAGGCUGUCAAGUCAGGGGCUCAACAGGUGACUCUGGAUGGUGCCCAGCUGAAACAGAUCAAGGAUAUGCUUAGCCAGGAAUCCAGCGACACCCGUAAGGCAGUGACCCUACAUAAGGACCUCCUGGAUGACGUGGCGAAGCAGCAGAAAGUUCUGGAGACCUUGCAGGACGGAAGCCUUGCACAGGUUCGAGAGGUGCUGCAAGACCAACAGGCGGCAACCAGGCAGAUCUGCGAUCGAGUUGGUGAACUGUCGGACAAGAUGAUAGCACUGGACCGGCUGGUCGAUGCCCUUUCUGGAAGCCUCCAGAAAAUGUCGAACGAAAGUCAUGUCGGCUUCACUCGUGCGGAGCAAAAAGCGGAGAAAAACCACUCCAUGUGGGUGUCCGAGAAUGGCAGCGUCAAGAGCUACCUCAACACGGCGAUUCCCCUAAUCAGGGGCUCCAAGGAGAAUACGGACAAGACCGUUCAAACCAUGACUGAGCUGGCCGCCGAGUGUGAUGGACUGAGACGCAGGGUGGAUGACCUGCCGAUUGAUCCGAUCAUGCGCCACCUGGGCUCAACCGAGCACAUCGUGGGCGAGAUCCGCGAGAGCUUGGACCAGGUGUGGAGUUGGCUGACGGACAUAUGCCGAAAUGUCCAAGACGUGACGAGUCGGGUACAGGAACUCGAUGAACGCUUGAUGGAGAGACUGCCGAAGCUCCCGGCGCGCAAACCGCCGAACCAAACAGGAGGAGCAAGCACCGGCACAAAUACGGAGCGAGAGCCAGAGACCAUCAGGCUUCAGGAGGCAGUGCCUGCCUCGUCGUCCCAGCCGAUCUUCGUGAGUACAGCACAGCCUUUUAUCAUGGCACCCCCUCCGGGACAAGGUGCCCCAUUGAUCCUCACGCAGGCACAACAGGAUGCACUGCAGAGGUCCUGGGCCCCCAACUUCAUGUUCUCCACCAUUGCAGUUGUAGCUAAUGGACAUAAAGGCCCGCACCGAGACCUGAACAACUUUGAGGGGCUCUCUUUCCUCACAUGCCUCACUAAGCAGGAAGGUGGGGAUUUGUGGACCCAGUCUAAAGACGGCGACGUGCCAGUGGGGCACUACGGAAGCACUCUUUGGGGAUGUGUUACCGGGAUACAGCAUAAGCCGAUCUUGUUUCCCAGCCGCAGUGUUUUACACAUGGCCAUGCCGUGGAAGGGUAGCGUACGUGUCAUACUCAUUGCUUUCAAUACCAUACACGCCCGAAGCCUGUGUUCCUGCAACCUCAACCUCCUCCGCAAGGUUUGGCAUUUUCAUGCACCAGGGCCGGAGGAUUUGGAUUCUUGGAGGUUGAAAUUUCGACUUCAGCGAAGCAUUGUGGAGUAUGGGAUUGCGACCAAUGGGAUAACGAACCAAGGAAACACUGAAGCUCCGACCCUGAUCAGCGAUGAUGACGAUGACAGAAGUGAGAAAGAAGAGUAG